AUGAGCAUCGAAACGCUCCUGGAAGCUGCGAAGUAUUUGGAAUUACAGGCCCAGCAACAACAGCGAGCACGUGAGGAUGAACUGAAAGAGAAGCUUCGUCUGGAUCUGCUGACGGAGCAAAGACUCACCGAUGUGAACAAGUACAACUGCAGUAGCCACAUCAACAAUGUUUUUAAAGCAGAGGAGCUUAUCACUGAGCGACCCCCGGCCCCCUUGGCGCCGUCCCUGCUACCCCCCUCCAUGCCCAUUGCAGUCAUCCCUAUCCCAGUUGUGAAAUCCAACCCUGCGGGCUCACCUUCUCUCCCUGUGGCUUUGCUCUCCCACCCUGCCACUCCCCCUGUGAUCUCCCCCAAAAGGGAGCCUCCUUCUCCCCAGGAGCAAAGUGUGGUAGCUCCACCGCGCUCUCCCCAACCCAAACCAGAUGAGCCCAAUGCCAUACUGCCCACACAGAGCCACCAGCAUCUCCCAACGCAGCUCCUUCCUCAAACCAACAGUGCUAAUAUACAGCAACAGCAAACGCACCAACAGCUCCUCCAUCGCUAUACCGGUUCCAUAGUUUCACCACCCCAUCAGCCUGCAGCGCCCGCCCAGUCCUUACAGCCCGCUCACUCGGUGAAUGGCCCCAGCAGUCGCGGGAGUCCUCCUGAUGACGGACGCUUGAUUGACCAAAAGAAACGACCUAGCGGGGCAGGCACAAGAGAGGUGCAUAACAAGCUUGAGAAAAACAGACGAGCCCACUUGAAGGAGUGCUUCGAAACACUGAAAAAGAACAUCCCCAACAUCGAUGAAAAGAAGACAUCUAAUCUGAGUGUACUGAGAAGUGCUCUGAGAUACAUCCAGACACUGAAGCGCAAGGAGAAGGAGUACGAGCAUGACAUGGAGCGUCUGGCCCGCGAGAAGAUCGCCACGCAGCAGCACCUGGAGGAGCUGAAGAACGAGUUGAGCCAGUGGAUGGACGUGGUGGAAAUCGAUCGCGUGCUGCGACAGACUGUGCAGCCCGAGGAGGACCAGGCCUCCACUUCCACCGCUUCAGAAGGCGAAGAGGCGAUGGAUGAGGAAGAAGAGGAUGAGGACGUCAUGGCGAGACCUCCUAACGCGUCUCCCUCCGCCCCUCUGGCCCUCAAAGCCGACGUCGCGCAGACAGCCCCCGUGGCCACUCAGGCCUUGACUGUGUGCGCCCCCACGCCUUCCUUCAUCGCCCAGCGCGUUUCGGCCCUGCAGCCCCCAGCCAAGCCUCCCGCCGCCCAGCCCGCCUUGCACCCCACCGUCAUCGCCCACGCGCCCGUAUCGCACCCGUCCGUCAUCCAAGCGGUCAACCACGUCAUCCAGGCGGGGACACCCAAACCCAUGGGUCACAUCACCGUGCACCCGGUGGCUCACGUGAGCCCCCGGCUCCCUGCUCUAUAUCCCCAACCCGUAGCUGUCAACCAGCCUGCCUUGAUCAGCCACAUUGCGCACACUUUGGGCCACGUCAACGGCACCGCCGGCCAGCCUCCCGCGACCGCCAUUAUGGGCAAACAGACCGUGGUGGCCCACCACCCGCAGCUGGUGGGCCAGACUGUCCUCAACCCUGUCACCAUGGUGACCAUGCCCUCCUUUCCCAUCAGUACCCUGAAGCUCGCUUGA